AAAAGGAUAAUAUCGAUACAAUUUUCAUUACGUCAUGUAUUUAUUCUCUUCUUGAUGGAAAUAUUGGGACAAACCAAGUACACACACAAAUAUCUAAAUUGACAAUGUGGAUCGUCUUCUCAACUCUCUUCAUGUUCUUCAUCAUCAUCACAACCUUCCUCGCGGUUCUAACAACAUCCACUUCACAAGCUCUCCAUCCAGAUGAAUUGAAUGCACUUGGGGAAAUAGCUACUACACUUGGAAUGGAGAGAUUGAAUCUAAGUGAUGGAGAUCCUUGCCUUUCUAGGACUUUGAAUAUUGGUGUUCUUUCGAAUGGGAUGACUAGCACCAUUGCUUGUGAUUGUAGCUUCAACAAUAACAUGACAUGUCAUAUUACAGAACUAAUUCUCAUGUCCACAAGUCUUUCAGGGAAACUUCCGCCUGAGUUGGCCAAGCUUCAGUAUCUCCAGAAAAUAAACCUGGUUCGAAACUACCUUUCGGGCACAAUCCCAAUGGAGUGGGCUUCAAUGCCAUAUCUCACUUCCAUCACGCUCUCCGCAAAUAAUUUGUCUGGGCCUUUACCAACUUGGUUGCAAAACUUCAAGAAUCUGAAAAUCCUAGGGGUGGAAGGCAACCAGUUCUCUGGUACGAUUCCUGAUGAGCUUGGUAAUUUGACCAACCUAACAAAAUUGCAUCUUGCAUCCAAUAAAUUUAUUGGACGAUUGCCUAUCACUCUCGCUAGACUAGUAAACCUUGAGGAAUUUUGGAUAAGUGACAAUAACUUUAAUGGAACCAUUCCAAGAUACAUCGGCACCUGGUCUCGGCUUCAAAAGCUAUUUCUACAUGCGAGUGGACUUAAAGGACCUCUUCCUGAAGCAGUGGCCCGCCUAGAAAAUCUUGUUGAUCUGAGAAUUAGUGAUACGACUGGGAUAAACUUCUUUCCAAAUAUAUCCAGCAAAGUCAUCGCAACCCUAAUUUUGAGGAAUGUGGGUUUGUCUGGUCCAAUCCCCUCGUACAUCUGGAAUUUGCCUAACCUAAACAGACUAGAUUUAUCGUUUAACAAAUUGACUGGUGAACUUCAAGAAGUACAAAAAGCGCCAACAAAUACCUAUGUGACUAGCAACGUUCUUUCCGGAAACGUUGAAUCUACUUCUGUUUACCUCCACAGCAAAUCUGAUAUUGAUCUCUCUUAUAAUAAUUUAUCUUGGUCAUCGAGCUGUCGGCACAAGAGUAACAUCAAUACAUACCGGAGCUCAUAUUUGCAAAACAGUGUGCUUGUUCCAUGUGCUGGUCCAACAAACUGCAGCAAAUAUCAACGAUCAUUGCAUAUAAAUUGUGGUGGAGGAACUGUACAGAUUAAAACAUCCUCAGGUAAAAUCACUUAUCAAGCUGAUAACAGUACAGCUGAUGCCGCAACAAAUCACCACCUAAAAAACUGGGGAAUCAGCAAUACGGGUGACUUUAUCGAUGAUCCAAAUCAUGACGACACCUACAUAAUUUCAACUAGUUUAACACCAUCUGGAGAUUAUCCCGAUCUCUAUAAAACCGCACGUCGAUCUGCUCUUUCUCUAGUUUACUAUGCGUUUUGCUUGGAAAAUGGAGCCUACAAUGUAAAACUGCAUUUUGUGGAGAUCCAGUUUUUAGACGAAGAUCUAAACAGUCGUCUUGGAAGAAGAUUAUUUGACAUCUAUGUUCAGGGAGAAUUGUUCUUGAGGGAUUUUAACAUCAAAGAUGAGGCUAAUGGAACUCUCAAGCCUGUUGUGAAAGAAGUGAAAACUGUUAAUGUGACUGACCGUACUUUAGAGAUUCGGUUGUAUUGGGCGGGGAAAGGGACAGUACUCUUUCCUAAAAGAGGAAACUAUGGUCCUCUUAUCUCUGCAAUCUCCUUGUGUCAUAGUCUGGAGCAAAAUUGCGGAGUGGAGAAAACAAAAUAUCACACUAAUUAUCCACUAAUUUUUGGGGUAACGGGUGCCGUGUUAGCUAUAAUUCUCUUGGCUUUGGGAUUAUAUGCUCAGAAAAGAUGCAGAGAUCAAACAAACAUGAGAGAAAGAGAUCUGAGAGCUCAGGGUCUGCAAACAGUUUGGUUUACAUGGAGGCAACUGCAAGCUGCAACAAACAAUUUUGAUGAAGCUAACAAACUUGGAGAAGGAGGUUUCGGAUCCGUAUUCAAAGGAGAGCUUUCAGAUGGAACUACCGUAGCAGUUAAGCAGCUUUCUUCUAAGUCAUCCCAAGGAAACCGAGAGUUUGUGAACGAGAUAGGCAUGAUCUCAGGUCUAGAUCAUCCAAACCUUGUCAAGCUUUACGGAUGUUGUGUCGAAAAAAAUCAACUGCUGCUAGUGUAUGAGUAUAUGGAAAACAACUCCCUUGCUGUUGUGUUGUCUGAAAAUAGCUCCCCGAAAUUGGAUUGGGCAGCAAGGAAAAAAAUAUGUGUGGGGAUAGCAAGAGGGCUUGAGUUCCUCCAUGAAGGAUCUAUGAUCAAGAUGGUUCACCGUGACAUUAAAACCAGUAAUGUACUUCUAGAUGCCCACCUUAAUGCAAAAAUAUCUGACUUUGGAUUGGCUAGGCUCCGUGAAGAAGAACACACUCAGAUUACCAACAAAAUUGCAGGAACCAUGGGAUAUAUGGCUCCUGAAUAUGUACUAUGGGGUCAACUAACAGAGAAAGCAGAUGUGUAUAGCUUCGGGGUUGUGGCAAUGGAAAUUGUUAGUGGAAAGAAUAAUACUAAACCGAGGGGAAGUGCUGAUCAUGUCUCCCUUAUCAAUUGGGCUUUGAUGUUGCAACAAAAAGGGGACAUACUAGAGAUUGUAGAUCCAAUGUUGGAAGGUGAUUUCAACAGUAAAGAAGCCGUGAGGAUGAUCAAUGUUGCUCUUGUUUGCACAAACUCAUCUCCUUCCUUAAGGCCAACCAUGUCAGAGGCUGUGCAAAUGCUAGAGGGAGUGAUCGAAAUAGCACAGGUUAUGUCAGAUCCUGGCCUAUAUGGAGACGAAUGGAGCAUUUCAAAGCUAAGGGACAAUAAUACACAUGGAAGCUCGAGAACGACUGGUGUGACAGAUCAAACAACAAUGACGAUGGAAUUCUCUGUUUCUGGUUCUGAUCUAAAUUCGACAGUAGAGUUUCCUUCCUCAUCGCUGUAAUAAUGUUCCAAAUCUUACAUGUUAAAGACAGUUUUAUGUCACUGAAUAUAGAAAAUGCUAUAAAAUAAAUAUAUAAUGGAAAAAUGAUUGUUGGAUA